AUGUUCAUAUCCUUAACCAAUAUCUACCACAUUAUAAUUGCAAUCAUACCCCUCUAUGUGGCCAUGAUCAUAGCCUACAUAUCCAUAAAACGAUGGAAAAUAUUCACGCCCGAUCAAUGCUCGGGCAUCAACAAAUUCGUCGCGAAUUUUUCCAUUCCGCUUUUGUCCUUCCAAGUCAUCUCUUCAAACGACCCUUACAAAAUGAACCUCAAGCUCGUGUUAGCCGAUUUUUGCCAGAAGUUUCUUGCUCUUUUCAUGCUAACAUUAGUGGCCAAAACAAGUUCCAAAGGGAGCCUUAGUUUGGUAAUAACCGGACUUUCACUAUCGACUUUACCUAACACGCUGAUUUUAGGCAUUCCGUUGGUGAAGGCGAUGUACGGAGAACAAGCUGUUGUACUCUUGGCACAGAUAGUUGUACUCCAGAGCUUAGUUUGGUACAACCUUCUUCUAGUUCUUUUCGAGGUUAAUGCCAUUGCCACCAACGAAACAGAGCAUGGAGGAACUACUAAAAGCGAAACGAAAAAGAAAAUAACGAGCGUGCUUUCGACUGUAGCGAAAAAGCUUAUGAAAAAUCCGAAUACUUACGCCACAUUAGCAGGGCUAAUAUGGGCAACCAUACAUUUCAGGUUCGCAGUCAAAUUGCCUAAAGUGGUCGAAAAUUCGAUAUCUCUUCUUUCGGACGGUGGGCUCGGGAUGGCCAUGUUCAGCUUAGCACUGCCACAGGGGAUUGUCCCGUUUGUGUUUGCGAAAGAGUAUAACGUUCAUCCGGAGAUACUGAGCACAGGGAAUUCGAGAGCGACCAGGAGUCCGCCGUCGCCACCAAUUCGCCGGCCGGAGUUGCACGAUCCUUGUUUGACUUAUGUGGCGGCCACGAACGAGUACAAAGUUGUGCAAGUCCAAUUCUCGAGAGGGGAAAAUGGCUCGGUUUCCUAUGAGUACGCCGUGUUGACUGUCGGGACUGAUAACUCGUGGCGGCACGUGGGCUCGGUUGACCGUCUGACUCGUCAGACGAAGACUCUGCUGUCGAUUAGUAGCCCGUUGAUAACUGAGGGUUUCGCGCAUUGGGUCCCGUAUAGUGGUGGAGAUAAGAUUUUCACACUCGAUGCGGAAACCGAGGUUAUGACUGAGUCGAGGGUUCCCGUGCCUUUAUGUCAUUUAGGUCGUUUUGGGGAGAGCGAGUUUUUAUUGUCGGGAGGGAAGAAUUUGACGCUUGUGAUGAAGCUCGGGAGUUUUUACUCGUGGGGCGUGUGGGAGAUGAGUCCCGAGACGCGGGUUUGGAGGAAGACGAUUAUUGUCGAUUUGGAGGGCGAGAGGUUGGAAGGGAUUAUUCGGGAGUGCGAUGAAAAGGCGGUUUUCGUUGCGAAUGGUGUUUGGGUUUUUUCGGUGGGUUGGAUAAAUUAUCCGGAGGUUUUGGUCUUUGCUCCGGGUAAUGGUCGAUAUUGCAUCUUGUAUUGGGUUCGUACGCGUGAGAUUGAGUCGAUUGAUCUGCCUAAGGAUGCUGCAAGAUAUAAGUAUAGGGCUCAUCACAGUGGAUUGAUCUUUUGCAAAAUGGAAUUCGAGAGCGACCAGGAGUCAGCCGUCGCCACCAAUUCGCCGGCCGGAGUUUCAUCCCGGUCGCGCCACGAAUUGGGCCUGUGCAUACGGGCCAGCUCUCAUGGCUUGGUUUUGAUGCUCUCACCUUCCGGUCCCUGUACUCUCCGCAUCAUGAAUCCCGGGACAACCGAGUAUCUCGAUCUUCCUCCGUUUUUGGGUCGAAGAUAUUUUAGGCCCGGUCCUUGUUUGACUUAUGUGGCGGCAACUAACGAGUACAAAGUGGUGGUGCAAGCCCAAUUCACGAGAGGCUUACGUGGCGAGGUUUCGUACGAGUUUGCCGUGUUGACUGUGGGGACCGGCACCUCGUGGAGGUACGUGGGCACGGUUGACCGUCUAACUCGUGAGACGAAGACUUUGCUUCCGAUUAGUGACCCAUUGAUAACCGAGGGUUUCGUGCAUUGGGCCACGUAUAGUGGUGACGGAUCGACUAUUUUGACGCUCGAUGCGAAAACCGAGGUUUUGACCAAGUCGAGGUUUCCCGUGACUUUAGGUCGUUCGGGGGAGAGUAAGUUUUUAGUGUCGGGAGGGAAGAAUUUGACGCUUGUGGUGAAAAAGCUCGGGAGUUUUUUCUCGUGGGACGUGUGGGAGAUGAGUCCCGAGAUGAGGGUUUGGAGGAAGACGAUUAUUGUCUAUUUGGAGGAGGAGAGGUUAAAAGGGAUUAUUCGUGACCGUGACAAAAAGGUGGUUUUUUAUGCAAAUAGUGUUUGGGUUAAUCCGGUGGGUUGGAUAAAUUAUCCGGAGGUUUUGGUCUUUGCUCCGGUUAAAGGUCGAUAUUGCAUCUUGUAUUGGGUUCGUAAGCGUGAGAUUGAGUCGAUUGAUCUGCCUAAGGAUGCUGCAAGAUAUAAGUAUAGGGCUUAUCACAGUGGAUUGGUAUGCACUGAAUUCACAGUUAUUCGGGACCGUGAUAAAAAGGUGGUUUUCGAUGCGAAUGGUGUUCAGGUUUUUCCGGUCGGUUGGAUAAAUUUAUCCGGAGGUUUUGGUCUUUGCUCCGGUAAA